CCCCAAUGGCUCCCUGAGCUCCCUGAACGCGAUCGCGCACGUGCAAAGUUCCCAGUCGAUAGACGUCAAUCGUUCUUUCAGUGGCAUUGACCGCUGCGACUCUCCCCGAGUUUCUUACCAGCAGGCGGGGGUUGAGCAACCAACCCGCAACAUCCAGCCCUGACAUCAUCGACCAUGGCCCUCCCAUUCCCGCAGGCCAACAUCAAGCUCGAGUACCCGCUCUACGCGGUCAGCUUUGAUCCUCAGAAUGCCAAUCGUUUAGUUGUCGGUGGUGGUGGCGGCGUUGGCCGUUCUGGUGUGGGCAACAAGAUUUCCGUUGUUGAAACCGUUGAUCAGGGCGAGCUUCGACUGGCUGGAGAUAUCGACCUCUCCCGCGAUGAAGACAGCGUCAUGUCGCUCGGUGUCGUCGGCGGCGUCGAUGACAAGACCUCAUACGUCCUCGCCGGCAUCAACUCGAGCCCCAAAGAAAUCUCCAAGGGGAAGAACUUCCACCUUCGAACGUUUUCCGUCGAGCAGACCAAGUCGCGAGCUGCCGGAGCUAAGGACCCUGAUGUACAGGUCGCAGAGGUGUCUCGAAGCUCCUACUUCACCGACCGGGAUACCGAAACCUACCAGCGAGUGUUGCGCGUGUCUGGAUCUGUUGGCGCCGCUGCCACAGGCAUGGGAAAGGAGCCCCAACUCGCCGUAUUCGAUGCAACGGGACCCAAACCCAAAGUCAAGGGCGUUUUGGACUUGACCAAGGACGCAGAGGACCUGGAUGUCAUUCAGGAUGAAAAGAACGGAGAGUACCUGGUUGUCUACUGCCACAAGUACGAACUACACUUGGUUAAGGUUGGCAAGAAGACCUCGGAGCCAGAACUCAUCUUCACCAUGACAGACGAUCAUGGCGAGCUACCUGCGUUCCGCUCGGUUCGAUUCGUAACACCCAACUUUGUUCUCGCGGCGUCCAACCUACCGAAAUCAAGCGGCGUUCUCCUCCAGGGAUUCCGACUGCCAAGCCCAGGCCAUGCGACGGCACGGAUAUCUAUGGCCGUACGCAUCCCGAAGAAGAUAUCUGCGACUGCCCUCGCUGUUGCAAACUUGUCGCCGCCCACAUCUUCGUCGACGUCUGUUGGCAUUACGCAAUUCGUCAUCGCCGUAGCUGGCAAUGAUGCCUCCAUUUACUUUUAUACCAUGGAUCACAAAGCUCUCUCCUCGAUUGAGCUUCUUGCCAACCUUCACCCACUUUACACAUUGAAAGACGUUCACAAAGGCGAUAAUAUCACCGGCCUGGCGUUUUCCAACUUUAUUCCUCCGAAACAGCACCUCACCCAGCAAUUCCUCAAACUGGCCAGCAUAUCUCUCCAGCGAGGUGUCGCCGUCCACAGCAUUGCUUUGAAGAAACACAUCGAUGCGUCGUCUGCGAAGACGCCCGGUGAUGCACCUGUCCGAUACGUCACAGCCAUGCGUGCCAAGGCACCCUCCAGGCGACCUCUCGUCAUCACCCUCACCAUCAUGGUGCUCAUCAUGGCCAUCAUCGGACAGGGAGUCAUGGAGCUGUACGGCAUGAGCAAGCCCGUCCUCAAUGUGCAAAGGUUCUGGCAUGGCACUCUGCGUGAUCCAGCUCACCCACCCGCCGCGUUUUCCAAAGACUAUCUCGUUUCUAGGCUAGCCGGCAGCGGUAUCGACACUGCUGAGACGCUCGUCAUGUGGGAGGCUGAUCAUCCCGCUGUCGACAGUGAGGGCAAGAAGAUCAACGUGGAUGUCCACGAUGAAGAGGUCCACGGCCCCGCCAAGACGUGGGAUGAGCUGCCCGCGGCGCAAAAGGAUGCCUGGAAGCAGAGAAUGCAGCAGGCUGGUGCGUGGACGCAGAAUAUGGGAGAGAGUGUGUUCAGGGGCAUUCUGUUUGGCGAGCUGGCAGGAGCCGUUGGUCAUGCUGUGGCGGAAGGGCUGGCUUAAGACGCCCCCUGUUUUAUCGGCAACGCCCCCUUUCCUUUUCUCGUUUCCAUGUAAUGAUAUGUUCAAUAUGGUGGUUGGUAGUUGACUGUGUAUGAUGAAUUAGGAGCUGGGUGGGAAAUUCAACUUUCGCCAGGACGUUAUUCGCCCCAUGGCCAAAAUCAAGCAUCUAGGCAUAAGAUGCUCUGGACUCUCUACGAUAAUUCGUCUCAGAAGUAGCAGCAUAUAAUGGAGCUAAUGAAUGUACAAUUGUUACGACUUUAGUUAUCUUG